GGCGCUGGGAAGGAGCCAAGCAGCGCGGGGAACUCUCUUCCCCCGCCCCCGCUGGAAGGAUCUUUCUGCAGCGUGCCCGGGGCUGCAGGGGCGGCAAGCGCCCAGGGAUGAUUCCUGGAAACAGAGGCCAGAUCUUCAGGCCACUGGCUGUUCUGUCACAUCCCAGGGGUGGGAGCGAGAGACUGACGCACACCAUGUAAAGCACAGCUCGCCCCGCACACGUGUGUCUACACAUUGCUCUGCAAGCGCCAGGGUGGGCUGGAAUUCGCCCACGCGCAUCCACCCAAGACGACACUGAUACUAUGCAAGAGAGGCAGUAUCCUUAGAUGUUGCUGGCUGCCAGGGAGUGAAAAGCGCUCGGGGGGACUCUUACCCUGUAACAGCCGUGGCUAAGGCCUAAUCUGCACCCCAGAGAGCACCUGCGUUCGGAGGCACGGCCCGGAAGAGCUUGGCGGCUCCGUAUUAAACUUCCACCCACCCCAGCAACGGAUUGUCCUUAAGAGCUGAAUUCAACUACAGGAGCAUUUCUCCCAUCUGGGGAGGUGACGGCCACCAAAUUGAGCUGGCCAAUGAGAUGCAAGCUAGAGUUGUUACCUCGUCAGAACCAAUCCUGAUUGGCCGAUCAGAGAUUCACAGGUGCCUGUUCACGCCUGUGAAUCUGGCCCACCUCUGGGGCUAGUGGAACCAGAGGAGCCUUCCCUAUUGAGUCUCAGCAGCACAAGCCACGAGGGAGUUAACUGCUGCUCUGCAAAGAAGGAAUAAAGUUCCCUGAGCCAGAAGAAGUUGGUUCUCGUUAAAUCCAGAGCAGAAGCCGGGCAGCUCCAGUUUAGUGGAGUCUCCAUCCAAGCAGCAAAACAUGCUCAGGGUCUCCGAGCCCUGCCACAGUCUAGGAGGAGCUUGGCUUCCCGGGAACGAGCUGGAUUCAGCCUCCUGGAUCCCGGCUGCUCACAUCUCUGUAAGGCUGUGGCAGAUUCCGGGUGGGAAUACCCAAGCCUCCGAUAUGAAUGCCACUUUUCGCAUGAAGGACAGUGAGCUGCUUGAGCCGGGGUCGCCCGCCGUGGGCAACCAGAGCCGUGGGCAGCCCUGGGAGGAGGUAGAGGUCUCGCCUGGUGGUGGAGCCAACGCCAGUCUGCCUAGCGAGGAGGUCUUCCUGCUGCCCACGUUCUCCACCGCCGCCAAGGUCCGGGUGGCCAUCACCUUCUUCCUCUUCCUCUCCUCGGCCUGCUUCAACAUCGCCGUGCUGUGGACCGUCACCCAGAAGUACCGCAAGAGGCCGCAUGUCCGCAUCCUCAUUGUUAACCUGGCUGCGGCCGAUCUGCUGGUGACCUUUGUGGUGAUGCCCUUGGACGCAGCCUGGAACAUCACAGUGCAGUGGUAUGCGGGUGACCUGGCCUGCCGGGCCCUCAUGUUCCUCAAGCUGGUGGCCAUGUAUGCCUCAGCCUUCAUCACUGUGGUGAUCAGCCUGGACCGCCAGGCAGCCAUCUUGCACCCACUGAGCAUGGGUGACGCCAAGAAGAAGAACAAGGCCAUGCUGUGCGUGGCCUGGGCCCUGAGCGUGCUUCUGGCACUACCUCAGAUGUUUGUCUUCCACGCAGUGAGCCGCUCCCAGCCCAUCUACUUCAUCCAGUGCGCCACGGUGGGCAGCUUCCAAGCCCACUGGCAGGAGACCCUCUACAACAUGUUCACCUUCUCCUGCCUCUUCCUGCUGCCGUUGCUCAUCAUGGUGCUGUGCUACUCCCGCAUCCUCAUCGAGAUCUCUGGCAAGAUGAAGAGAGCUUGCGUCUCCUCCAAGGAAGUCCACCUCCGCCGCUCCUACAACAACAUCCCCAGGGCCAGGAUGCGCACCCUGAAGAUGUCCAUUGUCAUCGUGCUGACCUUCGUCCUGUGCUGGACCCCCUACUACCUCCUGGGCCUCUGGUACUGGUUCUCCCCGGAGAUGCUGAGCCGGAAGAAGGUGCCUCCAUCCCUCAGCCACAUCCUCUUCCUCUUCGGCCUCUUCAACGCGUGCCUAGACCCCCUCAUCUACGGCCUCUUCACCAUGCACUUCCACAGGGAGAUCCGGUGCGUCUGCCGCUGCACCCACCGCAGGAAGGAGCAGGCCUCCGCGCUGAUUAGCUCCUUCCGGGCCUCCACCACGGCUGCACCCAUCAGGAGUGCCGGGGAGGACCAGGGGGGCACGGGCAAGUACGAACUGGAGGUGACGGCUAACAUGGCCCUGCCUGCUGGGAGGUGCGAAUUGUGCAGGAAGAAGAUAGUGGAGAGUUUCAUAUGAGUGGACCUUUGCCACGCCUGGACUCACCUCCGCUUCCCAGCAAGGGGGAGAGCCCGAUGGGAACCCCAUAAUGUGUCCAGUGGGGGCUACUGGGCAGUUGUUCCUUCACUCAAGCACCCACCAAUAAAUCCAAAUUAUUUUCUCA